GUAUUAAAAACUUUUUCUUUUUUUUUUUUGAUAAAUAAAUAGAACGAACAACUUUUAAAGCACGAAGAAGAAGCGGCGAAAUUGAAGGAUCGAUUGGAUGAAUAUAAACAUACAGCUGAACGACUUCAAAAGGCAGAGAACGUGAUUGAAAAAUACAAGAAAAAAUUGGAAGAAAGCGGCACAUCAUGACCUGGAAGAUGACUAUCGUAAAGUAUUGGUGUUCCAGACCUUGAUGGAUUCAUAUAAAGAUCAAGUGGCUACCUUGGAAACAAAGACCAAUGAAUUAAUCAGAGAAAAGAACAAGUUGGAAUAUGAAAUGAAUCUCAUUCAAUCUUUAGAGGAUCGUCUUCAAGAUGCUCAACUUGGAAUGAGCUCAACUGAAAGACCAGAGUUACAAAGAACUGAAUCCCAUGACUCGGAUGAUAUGGAUCUUGAUGAUUAUAAUCUGAAUGAUUCUCUGGAAGACUCAUUAAAGGAAUCCAAUGUAACCGAACUCAAAUUAUCUAAACGUCGUCUUGAACGAGAAAUCAAGACAUUGAAAGAAGAAAAUGCAGCUGGACGUAGUUCCAAGACAGUUGUACUUCAACAUUUGUUGGAUGAUGCGAAUCGACUCAAGAACCAAUUUGAGAAGAGCUACCUCGAAGUGUCUCAAGAACGCGAUAUUUUACAGAGUAAUAUGGCGCGUAUCCGACAAGGUAUUCCUGAUGCGCUUGUGGAUCAAUCCGAACAUACCCUUUCACUCCGACUUCACUCGAUUGAUCUUGAAAAGCAAAUUAAAUCCUUAAACGAGACCAUCAGUAAAUUAGAGCAACGUUUAGCUGAAGGACGAUACGAGGAAGGCAUGGAGGAUGUACGUAGCAAAUACGAUGCCAUUGAUGAAAAGACAAAGUAUUUGGAGGAGCAAACCAAGAAGCAGUUGCAGGAUAUCAAUAAGCUCUUGUUGGAAAAGGAUCUUUUACAGGGUCAAAGCAUCGAACAAAAGGAUCUCUUAUUGGAGAAGGAGAGAUUAAACAGUGAGAUGAAGGCUUCUCUUGCUGCCUUUGAGGCUAAGGAUGAUCAACCUUUCAAACAACACAAUGCUCAUCUGCAACAACAAAUCAUUCAAUUGCAGGAGCAACUUCAUGAAUUGACUGUCAAGCAUAGAAAAGCCAAGGAGUUUAUUAAACAACAAGACAAGAUGCUCAAGGAGUCAAAGAUAGAAAACCAACCUGGUAACUAUGACGAAGCCAUUGCAUCCAUGAAGGCUGAAGCCGCACUUCGUGAUGAAGAAUGUGAUAAACUCAAAAAGCAACUUCAUGAAACUCGUCUUCAAUCACGCCGUGAGCAACAAUUAAUGAUUUCUGCUUGGUAUGAUUUAUCCAGAAAGAGUAACAAAGAUAUCAUUGGUGUCAAUAAGGCCUAUCCCAAUUCAUGGCUUGGACAACAAAGACAUAUUCUUGAUAGUCAACUCAAGCGUCGUUAAGUAAAAGAAA